CUUCCCUUCCGCGCCGCUUCAUACCUUCUCCAUCGCACCAAACACAUAUAUUCGUAUACUCUUUCUAAUCUAUCGCUCUCUCUCUCUCUCUUCCUCACUUCUUUCGAAUAGCAACUUCUCCCUAUCGUACUCUCUCCCCCAGGAGUUGCUGUCGCUCCAAAAUAGCUCUCAACAGCGCUCUGUCUCCGUCAUUUAAUAUCUCGCUCCCCUCCCUGCUACCCUUUGGGGGCAUUGGAUAUUGGAUAUAUAUCUCAUCGAACAAUUAGAGCCACCUCAGCUGCCGGAAUCCUGAUCUCAGAUGUUUGCUGCUCCCCCCAUCGACACCCGUCCUUCCACCUUGGCUCUCGAUAGCCCCUCCAAGAGCUCUACCCAGACCGCCACACCCACCAUGGUCAUCGACACCACCGCUGCUCCUGCCUCGAACAACAAGAACGACCACAGCGACAACAACGAAAGCAGAGCCCGCGACUCUCCUUAUAAACCCUCUGUCAUAUCCGCACACUCUUCUCUUCCUUCGCCACUCUCCCCUCCACUCUCGGCCUCGCCACCCUCCUUCGGGUCCUCGAUCGCAAUGGCCGACGUUAUCGCCUCUGCUCCCCAAGUCUCUGCUUCCGCAGCAUCCCUACCUCCACUCCACCCCUCUGCCGCACCGAACACUGCCACAGCCACCCUCGACAGCACCAACAGCACCGACAACAAAUCUUCACACCCAGCACAAACCACUCGCCCCACUCCCUCAGUACCCUUUAUUCAGACCUCGCCAGAGGCAUGGCUAGCCCAUGCUGCUCAACAACGUCGUCAUCUCUCCACAGGGUCAUUCUCCUCCACCACCUCGUCUUUCUCUGCGAUGCUCUCGCCCGACAACCUCGCCUCACAGUCUCCGGUCACACUCGAGUUUGGCGAGAGUGAAAGCAUCGUACGGCAACAGCGGACCAACCAGGACUCGGAUCAGGACGAGCCAGAGUUGAACGUGAACAUGCGUCCGUCCGAGCUACGUGCGUCGCUCAUGGCCAGGGCUCGGAGGAGCUCUGCAAAAGUGCAGAAGAUACCGCGGUCAGAAUCCAUGCCCUUUGAAAAGGGCUCGCGGCUCUCUGGGCAAUCUAACCAAAGCAGCCUCAGCAGUGCAUUUGACUCACGUCUCUCGAACCGCUCCUCAAUCUCGUCCUCUAUCAGCGGAUGGGCAUCGCGUGCUCGCUCUUCCUCCGUCAGCUCACAGGGCAGUAAUGACUCUGUGAACCUGGACGCACUCAUCGCUUCGGGAUCAGACAUUAAUGAGGAGUGUCCACUGGAACUGGAGGAAGGAGAUGAUGUCGAAUGGUCAAAGGAGCAACAACAGCAGCAGCAACAACAGCAGCAGCAGCAGCAGCAGGAACAACAACAACAACAACAACAACAAGCGCCGCAGCUAGAGCAACCCCAGCAGCAACAACAACAACUGCAACAGCAGCAGCAGCACCCAGUUGUCACACAGCAGGAGCUUAUCAGCAGUAGAGCCAGGAGCAAGACCCUCACAACUGAUUCUGAAGCACAUAUGCUUCAUUACGAUGAACGCGAAGUCGUCAAUUUCUGGGGAGAUUCAGAGAUACCGAUGACAGAGGAGGAUGAAGAGUUUGAUGAGACACUCCGCGAAUUUACACAGAUAUCGAUGAGGACACCCCCCAUAGAGAUCCGUGGGCUUGGGGUGACUCGACACAGAAGAACGGGCUCAGGAUCAUAUCGCUUCCCUGACGGCAGAAAUCCAUUUGAUCUCGAGGCCGAUUACAUGGACAUCCCUGCAGGACUCCGAGCAGGAAGCCGCGCCAGCACUAGCAGCAACUAUAGCACCACAAGCAGCAACCGAAGCAGCAUCACCAGAAUGCCCUCCUCUUCAGGUAUCUCUCGUCUGCCAGGUGCAGGAGUCUCUGGUCUCAAAGUACCCGCGACGAGACUGCAACAGCCAGGGACGAGGUCGAUGCUCGCUCAGCCCAAGGCAGGCGCAUCUGCGAACGCCACCAAAUCUGGACUCGCUCGACCCAGCGGACAGCAGGCACCUAGGACGGGAUCGCAAGCACAGAGGAGUGGAAUGCAGGCACCCAGAACCGGAUUGCCGCCCCCAAGAGCUGGAUCGUCUCUGGGGCUCGUUAGACCUGGGGCCAGUGGAAUUGCCACCCCAGGACGUGCAGGCGCUGCCAAUGGCAGGGGAGCCCCAGGAAUGGGGGCCACGACCUCUCGACUCCCUUCGAGUUCAGGCACGGGUAUCGCACGACCAGGAACAAAGAGUCAGAUUGCCACGCCUACUGGUAUUAAGAAACCAGCUACGACAACGGCGAAUCGUCAGUCGCUUCUGCAAGCACCAUCAUCUGUCAGGGCAGGAUCUGCAGCCGCUGGACGCGCGGGCCCAGGCAGCAAUUUGACCAGCCCCAAGCGCCCGGCAACAUCAUCUAGUAUGCUUACCAGCCCCACUCGAGGUCUCUCCGGUUCUUCCGCAUACAUGGCUUCGCCGACAUCCUCCCACUCGUCCACAUCGUCCCAUUAUUCCGGCAGAGAUACUGUCGCACCUCUUUCUCAGCGGUUGUCGAACGCUACGGGAACGCGUCCAAUGUCCAGUGCAGGACGAAGCGUGUCAAUGUAUGGAUCGGGCGGUCUGCAUCAGUACCAACAGCAACAUUAUGAAGACGAGGAGAGUUAUUCGGUUCUGACACCGCCCCUGUCGCCGUCAUCGUCGAUGGCGGGAUCAAAGAGCAUGUCGAACAUUCCUCGGUCCGGCAUUGCGGCUUCUUCUCGACUUGUAGCGCCGUCGACAAGCAGGAAUGGACGGGCGCCUUCGCCUGCGCUCUACAAUACGGGGUCGAACGGUGGAGGACAUGUUUCGAUGCUACCCCGGUCCCAUACCCCGACGUCUUUGCCGAGGAUGACGAGCGGCCUCCUAAGUCCCCGUGCUGGACGACAUUAAGCACUCAUAGGCGACAAAGAGCCAGGCGAUAGGAGACGGAUAUAAGAAAGAAAAAAAAUGCAUGUGGCGGACCAGGAAAACUGCAAUGUCGAUAACCUGCUUGCGACUGUAGGGCCGAAGGCGGGGGGCGUACAGGUGGUCAUUGGCAGGAGGGGAGGAGCAUGCGAUUUGUUUUUUGUGAACAACAGAAAAAGGAAAAAGAAAAAAAAAACUGUGCCGUCUUGCAGAGAGGGUUGCAAGAGGUAUCCUGUACUUUUAUAUUGUAGCUUUUUUUAUAUAUAUAUCC